CUUUAGACAAGGGAGGCCGCCAUCUUGUGGCCGAACUAUGCACAACAUGCAAAAACUAGCGAGAUCCAGAACGCAGUAAGCCAAAACCUCAAGAAUAAUCUGCUCAAAGUACUCCUAUUUCUGGUUUUUGUCGAAAAAAAUUAAUAUUUAAAUAUUAUUGGGAGUAUCUGAAAGGUGUGAGGACAAGUAUUUCCCCUGAAAAAUGGCGACAGGGGGUGGAGGAGGCAAGAAUUUUAAAGUCGUCUUACUCGGCGAGGGGUGUGUGGGAAAAACGUCACUUGUGCUACGAUACGUCGAAAACAAAUUCAACGACAAACAUCUUUCAACGUUACAGGCAUCUUUCCUCAACAAGCGGUUGAACAUUGGAGGCAAAAGAGUCAAUUUGGCAAUAUGGGACACAGCAGGUCAGGAGAGGUUUCAUGCACUAGGACCCAUCUACUACAGAGACAGCAAUGGGGCAGUAUUAGUCUAUGAUAUCACAGAUGAAGACUCAUUUGCAAAGGUGAAAAACUGGGUGAAGGAGCUGAGGAAAAUGCUGGGCAAUGAAAUCUGUCUUUGUAUAGCAGGCAACAAGAUAGAUCUUGAAAAACAGAGAAAUGUGUCCGUUGCAGAAGCAGAAGCGUAUGCGGCCCAAGUCGGUGCCAAACACUACCUAACCUCGGCAAAGCUCAACAAGGGAAUUGAGGAGAUGUUUUUGGACCUUAGUAAAAGAAUGCUAGAAACAACGCCGUCCGAUGAUCUAGGCAAAGGUACAUCAUCAGCAAGGGCUUCAAGGAAGACAGUCACCAUUGUGGAUGACGAGGACAUGCCGAAGCAGAGUGGCGGAGGUUGCUGUUCAUAAACAGUCCACCCAUCCUUCCCUCAUCCCUCCCCAACUUCACUGAUUCUGUCAUUCAGUGGCGGUCUUUGCACGUCUCCUUUAUGUAUAUAAAUACAAUGCUAUCAACAUAAAAAAAAUUAAUUGUGUAUAUUAAUUAUAGCAAAUGCACUCUCCCAGUGAAUGAUAUAAGGUAUGGUGGACUAACGUCGGACAGUGAUGGCUGGUAGCAACGGACCCUGACUGAAGAUAAGGCCAUGUCUGAAUGACAUGCCUAUGGCUGGCGGUCACACGCAAGUGGCUGUGACUGCAGUAUCCAUAGAUACAUGUGUAAUUCCUAGCCGUUGCCAUCUAAUUCGGACGUAGCUUAAGUUUUUGUCAAUUGAGGCCGAAGGGUCAUUAACCCUCCUGCUGUCUGAACAGUCACAGACAGU